AUGGAGUCCGGUGUCUCCAAGCAAAUGCAUUGUCUUAUUCGAUCAGGCAGGAUCAAUGUGUACAAAGCUCACGCGCCAUCUACGGCACAAGAGCCUUUGUUGACGUUUGUUCUGGACCCUGCUGCUAAGAUUACGAAGCAUGGACAUCGACCUGGACUGAUGGUUCGAGGGGCAGUGGCCACGCAAUUCGAUAAUGACGAGGAGAUCAUGCCGUUCAGUCAGAACGUCGCUGACUCUGAUACACUGCUUGCCAUGCUGCACCGAGCCAACCCAAAGUUUCCUGUCAGCAGGGACGACUUGGAAACUGCCUCAGGAAGUCCUCCAGCGACAAAAGCCCACCGCGGUGAGGAAGGGUUGGCGGCUCCAACCCUUUCUGCAGAGAAGGUCGGAUCGGACUCAGAGCCAGACCAAGCUCUGGAUACGCCCCAGAGAUCGACGGAAUAUGCGCAAGUCCAUCCUGGCCUGAGCGCAUUACAACUCAAGAUGCAGAGGCUGAACGAAGCUGCAUCCAGGUUCAACCUUGAAUCGCCUGAGCAUCAGGCCGCUAUAAUCCGCCAGCUUGGGGACGAUGGAUUUCUACCCACCAGUACACAGCCCUUGAACCAAGGUGAAGAAUCUGACUGGACGAUUUAG